CAAUUGCUCUACAUCUUCAUGAACUGAGCGACUCACUUCUGCGGAAUUCGAGUCUUAAAGCACGUCUAGUGCCAUAAUCAGGCCAGCUAUCAGCAAGUGCUUCUGUAGUUUUGCUGAUCGCACUUUUCACUGAGGUGUCCUUGACUUAGAAAGGCACCGUGCUAUUAAUCUGUGGAUGAGGGCUUAGAUUUUUCGCCGAUUGUAAGACUCGAGUGCAAGUACUUCAUAUCUUCUUCGGCUAUUCUUCAUCUUUUUUCCCCUCUUGCGAUCAGCUGAUAAUGCUGCGGUCCACAUAGAGCGGAUAUACGAGGAUUUAAGAAGAAACUUUAAAGUCUUUGAUUAAAGAAAUAGAGAAAUGAAUAACCAGGUGAACUGAUUAAAUUUGUUAUGGGGAUUCUUCGUCAAUGCGAAAAUUAACUAAAGAAUCGGCACACUGAGUUUAAAAGAACGCUUCUCAUUCGCACGAAGUUGGAUAAUUUGAGAAGGACGGAGCACGAGAUGGAUCAGUUCCGUCCUCAGCAGCACGGGACUCGGCUCCGGCCGGGUCCGAGGGAUCCCGAAGAUCGAUCUUAUUCGGGAUCAGUGGCAGUGGAAGCGAGGACGAGACCUGAAGAAACGAAUGUUUACGAAUCCUUCGACGACAGACGUCGAUCGUCAUACGAUGAACCUUAUCACAGGUCCAGAGGACGUUUGAAUUCGAAGCAGAAAUCUCAGGACUCACAGCAACAGCAUCCGUACCAAGCGGGUCACCACUACCGGGAGGGGGACGGCAGCAGGGAGGACUGGAAUCCUGGAAUGUUGGGUUGUGAUCCACCCAGGGACAGCGGUAGACGACUACACCAACAACUUUCCGGACUCUCUUCAUCCAAUUCUUCGGACGACGAAGAUGCUAUCAAUUCGGACGCCACCUUCACAGGAUCUGAAGUCGCUCUCGCAAGAGACAGCACGCUUGUUUUACCUUGCAGACGAUUGAUGGACAAUACUCCAGGCUUAGGUACUUCACACAAGCUAUCAAUGGGUAAACCCGGUGGCAAGGGACCUCAAAAUUUAGGGGCCAACAACAAUGCUCUUAACUCUGGAGACAAUGGCCCAGAGAACCAGUUAAGAGAAAAUGAUCAAGACUUCUCUUCUUGUUUGGCCCGAACGCCUUCGGGUUCUAUAUUCAUACCAGGAGAUGUUCCAAAAUUACCUGCAUCUCUCAAAAAAAGUGAAGCAAAUGCAUCACAUGGAUCUUCUCACCAUGGAGAUGUUAAAAGUGCAGAAAGAUGUCACUUGCCAUAUCCUUCAACAACAUCUGUGCCUGGUAUUCCCGUCCGCAAUAACCUGAGACGUCCAUUGUCCAGUCGAUUCAGUCAUUCUCGAUUUCAAUUCAGAAAAACUCUGUCUUCAAGAUGCAGUUGGAAAUGCACUGCUAUUAUUUUCAUGUUUUUAUCAUUGGUUCUUUUAACUUCCCUCACAUAUUUUAUUGCAGUUGCAGUUUUAAAUUGGCAGUAUGCAAAUAAACACCCUUGUCCUGUGAUGAUAGAAGAUAUGGGCCGAAGUAGUGAUGGAACAGAAAUUAAAAGUACGUACCCUUUAUGCAAAUGUAAUCUACCGCAUGCCCAUUUAAGAAAAAUUCGAGAUGUAGGCAGUUAUUCUAGCAGCACAGAAGCUAUUGACUCUAUAUCUACUACUCAAAAAACGACUCUUGAUGAAUUGAGUGAUGUAUCAAGUGGAGAACUUCCAAGUGCAAUGGAACCUGCUGAUCAGAAUGAAUUUAAGGUUGUUAGUUCUCCUGAUAUUGAUCUAAGUGAGGACUAUUUGAUUCCAAUGGAGAAAAAUGAGCCCACAAACAAGAAUAAAAGAGAAAAGUUUCCUAUGGCUGAAGAAUUAAGACUCAGGGAUAGUUCAAAAACUAAUAUUAGGCCAAAUACUAUUAAUAUAAUGUCUAGUCCUGAAGCUUUAAUACAAGAUGCUUCUGCAAUAUUUCACAAUCAUUUUGACCACAAUGCCACAGCCAAUAAAGUUCCUCCACAUUAUGUCGAAGAAAGUGUAAUAGAUCCGCCAAUCUUGUUGCCAAAAAAUUCAGAAUCACCAGAAAAUGUUUAUAAAUAUCCCGAAUAUGAGCAAGUAGAUAAACAGUACAUUCCUGAUUCUGGACCUGCUGCUGAAACUGAACCCAGUGAAGAUAUCAUACCUAUCACAGAAACUGAAACAGAUGUACAAAUUGAGGAAAAUAAACUGCCACGUUUAGGUGUUCCUCACUUUAAUGUUGAUUAUGUAAGUAGUAUCCCAGAAAAUGUAACUGAAUCUACACAUUCAGCAAAUGAUACUGUAGAAUCAACAACAAGUGUUUAUAAUGAAAUGUCCAAAGUCUCUACUUAUAGUACAACAGCUGCCAAAGAGUUCAGAAGUGAAGUUGAUGAGGAGAUUGUCACUGAAGCUGUUCCUACAGCCUCAGUUGACAUUGAGACAACUAUGAGUACAAGAACAACUGAUGCAGAGUUUUUUGGUCCAUCAUCUCUGCCAUCUAAAACAUUACCACCAACUACAGAAACAUUUUCAGAAAUUUAUUUAGGGAAAAUGUAUUCACGUAAAGUUGAAUCUUUUGGACACUGGAAUAUCCAUUUUCAACAGCAUGUUCCUUCAUUAGUGAGAUUUAAUUAUUCACUGCCAGAAGGUGCUAGUAUUGGCAUUUAUGGAAGAAGAAAUGGUAUACCAACCCAUACAAGAUACGAUUUUGUUGAAAUCUUGGAUACAAGGAAAAAAGAUAAAAAUAAACGGGCAACAAAGGAUUAUUAUAUUAUGGAGUUUGUGCAAUUUUUGGAUCAAGGUUCUUGGUAUAUAUCUGUAUAUAAUGAUGGGGAACAACCACAGCAAGUUGCCUUUAUUCCAAAUCUAACUGAUCAAUCUAGUCUUCCAUGUCCCUAUGAUUGUCAUGGGCAUGGUACUUGUGUGAUGGGUAGUUGUAUCUGUGAACCAGACUUUGCUGGUGAAUCAUGUUCUAGUCGAGUAUGCCCUGUCCUCUGCAGUGGUCGAGGGCAUUACAUGAAUGGAGAGUGCUUUUGUAAUCCUAGUUGGAAAGGAAAGGAAUGUCAGUUGAGAGAAGAUGAAUGUGAAGUUCCAGAUUGUAAUGGCCAUGGUGAUUGCAUUGAUGGAGUGUGUCGAUGUUUUCCUGGUUAUAAAGGAUUUCACUGUGAAGAAGUUGACUGUCUUGACCCUGCUUGCUCUGAACAUGGCACUUGUGCCAAUGGUAUGUGCAUUUGUCGCAAAGGCUGGAAAGGAGCAGAUUGUGGAGAACCUGAUUCAGACUCUCUUCGAUGUCUACCUGAUUGUUCUGAGCAUGGACAUUUUGAUGUGGAGCAGCAAAGAUGUAUCUGUGAUGAACACUGGUCUGGUCCAGAUUGCUCUCAAGAACGGUGUGACUUGGAUUGUGGUUAUCAUGGUCGUUGUCAAGGAAAUGUCUGCAUUUGCAACAUUGGAUGGUCUGGACCCAAAUGUAAUGAGAAACAAUGUGAUCCUCGUUGCAAUGAACAUGGACAAUGCGUAAAUGGAACAUGUAUUUGCAUCCAGGGUUGGAAUGGAUACUAUUGUACUUUAGAGGGUUGUCCCCAAUCUUGUAACAAGCAUGGUACUUGCAUAAAAGUAAAUGAAGAUUGGCAAUGCAAGUGUGAUGACGACUGGUCAGGAGAGAGUUGUAGCAUACCAUUGGAAAAGAUAUGUGAUGAUAAGAUAGAUAAUGAUAAUGAUGGUUUAAUUGAUUGUGCUGACAGUGAAUGCUGCAAGUCCAAAGCUUGUGAAAAUAAUCCUUUAUGCUUUUCAUCGCCUUCUCCAUUGGACAUUUUAUUACGUAAACAGCCACCUGCUGUGACUGCCUCAUUCUUCCAACGUAUGCAAUUUCUCAUUGAGGAUGGAUCUGUUCAGAGUUAUGCUCAUAAAACUGCAUUUAAUGAGACUAUGUUUUGGAAUAAUUUCAAUGCCAGCCGUGUUGCUGUCAUCCGAGGCUGUGUUGUCAGCACUAUGGGAAAUGGACUGAAAGGUGUCCGAGUUGGAGUUGCUUCAGACCAUAAACUUGGAUUUACCAUUACUAGAGAUACUGGCUGGUUUGAUUUAAUGGUAAAUGGUGGUGGUGCAGUCAAUCUUCUCUUUCAAAGAGAUCCUUUUAAGCCUCUUGAACACACAGUUGUAGUUCCUUGGAAUGAAAUAGUUGUGGUGAAUAAAAUUGUCAUGAAAAUUAAGGAAGACACUUUGCCUGAUUACAGAUCAAACUUGUGCAUGGAACAUGAUUAUGACAACAUGAAACCUGUUGUUUUAGCUACUUGGAAGCAUGGCUUUCAAGGUGGAUGCCCAGAUAAGAGUGCUAUUUUAGCUGAAUCACAGGUGGUACAAGAAAGUCUAUCCAUACCUGGCACAAAUUUGCAUUUAGUAUACCACAGCAGUCGAAUGGGUGGCUACCUUUCUACUAUCCAACUAAGGCUAACACCAGAUGAAGUCCCACCAAGUUUGCGAUUUAUUCACUUGAAAAUAUCUAUUGAAGGAAUCUUGUUUGAAAAAGUCUUUGAGGCUGCUGCUGCCAUUAAAUUCACUUAUUCUUGGGACAGAAGAAAUAUUUACAGGCAAAAAGUUUAUGGAGCAGCUACUGCAACUGUUUAUGUGGGAUAUGAAUAUAGUUCCUGCCCCCAUGUUAUUUGGGAAGUACAGACCACUCAAGUUAGUGGACAUGAUAUGAGUAUUUCUGAAAUUGGAGGUUGGAAUUUGGAUAUUCACCACCGUUAUAAUUUCCAUGAAGGUAUCCUUCAAAAAGGUGAUGGAACAAAUAUUUACUUGAAGAAUAAGCCUCGUGUUUUGGUUACUGCAAUGGGAGAUGGUCACCAGAGACCAAUGCAUUGUCAUCAAUGUGAUGGUGUUGCUAAGAGACAAAGACUUUUAGCUCCUGUGGCACUAGCAGCAGCUCCAGAUGGAAGUCUAUAUGUUGGAGAUUUUAAUUUAAUUCGCAGAAUUUCUUUAGAUGGGCAUGUGACAACUGUAGUAGAACUUAGUGCUGCUCAAGUGGCAUACAGAUAUCACUUAGCUGUUGGUCCUGCUGAUGGGAAACUGUACAUCUCUGAUCCGGAGAAGCAUCAAGUUUUCCGUGCUAUUGAGUAUAUGAAUAUUCCCGAUAUUAAGAAUAACAUUGAAAUAGUUGUGGGUAGUGGCGGAAAAUGUCUUCCAGGAGAUAAAAUGCUUUGUGGAGAUGGAAGAAAAGCUAGAGAUGCUAAAUUAGCAUAUCCGAAAGGAUUGGCAAUAUCAGCAUAUGGUGAAAUUUACAUUGCUGAUGGUACCAACAUAAGAAUGGUGGAUCGUAAUGGUAUCAUACACACAAUUAUUGGAGAUCACUAUCAUAAAAGCCAUUGGAAACCUUUCCCAUGUGGCAGAACUGUUUCCUUAUCUCAGGUUCAUCUGAGAUGGCCUACUGAGUUAGCCAUUAAUCCAUUAGACAAUUCUCUUCACAUAUUGGAUGACCAUAUUGUUCUUCGUCUUACUCCAGACAAGCGUUUGAGAGUUGUUGCUGGACGUCCCAUGCAAUGUCCCAUACUACCUCCAUCUGCUGAAAAGUCUGAUAUUGCAAUUGAAAGCUACUUGGAAUCUCCUCAAAGCAUUUCUUUCUCUCCGAAUGGAGACUUGUACAUUGCAGAAAGCGACUCUCAACUCAUCAACAGAGUACGAGUUGUCAGCAGUGAAGGCAGAAUUAUUACAUAUGCUGGUGCUGAAUCCAAAUGCAGCUGCCUGGACAUCAAUUGCAAAUGCUUUGAUGAAGACAAUAACUUAGCAGCCAAGUCCCAGUUGAGCACAAUAUCUUCUAUUGCAAUUACCCCAGAUGGCUGCUUGCACAUCUGUGACCAGGGAAAUUUACGCAUCAGAUCAGUUGUAACAUCACUACCGAAAGCAAAUGAGCUUGGAGAAUUCCACAUAUAUUCUUCAGAGACUCAAGAAAUUUAUAUCUUCAACAGACAUGGGCAACAUACAGCUACCAAGAACAUUCUCACUGGAAAAACUAUGUACUUGUUCUCUUAUAAUGUCAACACCAGUCUUGGAAAACUUAGCACUGUGACAGAUGAGGCCGGGAAUAAGAUAUACAUCCUGAGGGAUUAUACUAAUCAGGUGAAUACUAUAGAAAAUACUCAAGGUGGCAAGUGCCAGCUGGAAGUGUCUAGAAUGCAAAUGCUACAUUCCUUUACCACUCCAGAUAAUUUCAAGACAUCUUUUGAAUAUCAGGGUAGUACAGGAUUGCUUAGGAGUAAACUGGACAGUUCAAGAAAGGCAUACGUUUUCAACUAUGAUAAUUAUGGUCGGCUGAUACAUGCUGUUACCCCAACAGGCCAAAUUAUUCAACUUAUUUAUAAUCUGAGCAUUAAAGGAGCAUCUGUUACUGUCACACAGAAUAAUAAGGAGAUUCUUUCUCUGCUGAUAAGAGGAUUGGAUGUCACCAAGAGCACUGGUCUGAUGCAACAACGUAUCACACAGUUCCAAGAUGGAAGUCUGAUUCUUUCAUUGGAUGAUUCUAAGAUUAUUGAAAUGGAAACUGUCCCUAGUCCUGUUAUUACUGAUCAGAAUGAAGUUUUGGGUGAAAUCUUUCCAGUUCCUGCAAAACUGAAAGCAACUCUUAGUGAUGAUGUGGUGCAGAGAUUUGAGUGGAAAUAUUAUCUCAGAAGAGAAGGAAAGGGCAAGAAUCGACAGAUUACUCAAGUUGGGAGAAAAAUGAAGGUAAAUGGAGAAAUUCUGGUUGCUAUAGAAUUUGACCGGGAGCAAUACAGUGAGAUUGUGUAUGACAAAAAUCAAAUUCCCCUGGUCACUGUCCACUUUGAUGAACUGGGAAGACCAACACAGUGGCAGCCAAGCCAAAAUAUAACACCUGUUCAAUUGAGAUAUGACAAAUUUGGUCGUCUGGAACGAUGGGAGAGAGGGUCUCUUUCUGAACAUUACUCUUUUGACAUCAAUGGACGCCUGGCUGACAUUCGAUUCUCAGACAGCAGUGGAAUUAUGUACAAAUAUGAUGAUGGCAAGGCGGCUUUGCCUACAGAAGUGAUUCUUCCCAGCGGCAGUCGCUAUCUCCUACAAUAUGAUUCCGUUGGAAGUCUUCAGAAUAUUCUGAUGCCAAAUGGUCAUAAACACGAAAUAGCAAUUCAAAUAUCAUUCGGAUUUUAUAAGCAACUUUAUUUGUCACCUGGUGUCAAGCAUCCAUACGUGAUACAAACAAAUGAAUUUGGUCAGAUCCUGGUGAAACGGCUUCCCAAGAACAAAGGAAGAGUUCUUUACAAAUAUAACGAAGGAGGUCUGCUUUCUACCCUGUUCUGUGGACAUGAACGCACCGAUUUUAAUUACUACGAUCACAAGUCCUUAUUAAAAUCCAUCGUUAAAACUGCUUCUGGUGUGGAAUUGAAAAUUGAUUACAGAUACCAUGGUUCACUUUUGAAAGAAGAACGCCAUCGAUUCAGCAGUCGCAGUGGCAUGGAUGGCGCCAAAUUCAAAUUCGUUUACGAUGGUCGUUUGUCUUCUGCAGUUGUGGAAAUAAACGGCAAAAGUUCGUCAGAAAUAAAAUACAGGUACAAUACUGAAACCGGAAUACUCGAGCAAAUCCAGCAUUUCAUUAUUCACAGACCUAAAGUCAACAGCAUAUUCAUCCAAGACGAAAUGAGGCAAUAUUCUAAAACCAUCGGCUUGGAUGCAUAUGGUAGAAUUGUUGUACUUGCCGUUACUCUAUGGAAUAAAGAGAUAUAUUCUCUGAAUUUGGUUUAUGAUAAUCGAAAUCGAGUCAAGCAAUCCCACAUGAAAAUUGGACGAGAGGGCACACCUAAUGUCUGCAAUUAUUCUUACACAUUAGAUGGUUUUAUUGAAGAAGUCCAGGGAGCUGACAAAUGGAAAUAUUCUUAUGACAUCAAUGGAAAUUUGAAUAGUAUAAAUGAUGGUCAACAUCAGCUGUCUCUCCGAUACGAUGAUAGUGAUCGUUUGUUAGGGUAUGGCGAUUCAGUUCCCUAUACCGUGGAUGACAGAGGAUUUAUUGUUCAGAGAGGUGAAGAAAAGUUCACCUUUAAUGCUGAUGGACAGUUGACUCAUGCAUUCCAACUCCAUCAGUAUGAAGCAUUUUAUUAUUAUGAUCACAAGGAUAGGCUGAUAGCUAGGAAAGAUCACCGAGGCCAUGUCACUCAAUUUUUCUAUUCUGAUCCUCAACACGAGGAAAGGGUCACACAUUUACACUAUCCAAAAGAUGAAAUAACAUUUAUUUACAUAUAUGACAGCAGUGGCCAUCUAAUGUAUAUCCAACAGGAAGGUAUUAAGUACUAUGUAGCCAGUGACCACUUAGGUUCGCCAGUUGCCCUUUUCAAUGCAGAAGGUGUCAUCAUAAAAGAGAUGAACCGAACUCCCUUUGGAAGAAUGUUAUCUGAUAACAAUCCUGACUUUUAUCUGCCAGUAGAUUUCCAAGGUGGUAUAAGAGAUCCACUUACCAACUUGAUUCAUUAUGGUGGACGUGUCUAUGAUCCUCUUGGUGCUCAGUGGCUUGUUCCGGAUUUGAAUUCAAUGCAUAAAUUGUUGAAAAAUCCAUACCAGUUGCAUCUGCAUCGAUUCCAUAAUAAUGAUCCCAUCAAUCCUUUCAAGGAAGCUGAUCGUCUAACUGACUUGGAAGACUGGCUAGCUGUUGUUGGGUUCAAUACCAACAACAUUAUGUCAUCUCAUUGCCCUGUGGAAAGUUGCAGCAAAGUUUCCUAUCUGGAAGAACGUUCACCAGCCAUAUCUGGAAUCAGCUGUGCCAUCAAUUCCCUGUCCAUGGAAUUCCAUAAGUUCUCAACUGUUCCUAAGACAGAAGUAAAGAUCAGCAACACUUUCCCCCACACUGUCCACCCUCGCCUUACCACCAUACAGUCAGUACUUGGAGAUGGCGUACUAUUGUCCAACCACAAUGGAAAAGCUCUGGUGAACACAGUUUCUGAUGGGCCAACUAUAUUAAGGGAUGUUGUUGUCACAGUUUUCAAUGAGACGAAUAUGAUGAACUUGUAUUUCUCGAAGAAUGGUCAGGAUUCUUUCUUCUUUGUCCAAGAGGAUGCCAGCAGAGCACAGAGAAAUUGGGACCAGCUACAGCGAUUGGGUACCAUGUUCAAUGUGACCAUGCACAAUGUGGAUCCAAAUGAAGGAGGAAGUGGUCAAGUAGAUAUCAAGCUUCAAAGUCCCAGCAUGAUUCUGAAUAUUCGAUAUGGUACAACUGUGGACGACGAGUACCGCAGGCUUGUGCGCUUGGGAAAACAUAGAGCCGUGGAAGAAGCUUGGCAAUUGGAGAAAGAACUUGCCAUCAGUGGACACAAGAGCAUGUACGAGUGGUCUAAACUGGAAAUGGAAGAGCUUAUAUCAAGUGGUAGCAUUGCUAAAUAUCAUGGUGCUUAUAUCCAUGAUGUUGGGCAAUUCCCGGAACUUGUGGACGAUCCUAGUAACAUUAUUUUUAAAAAAGAGAGCUCUCGGAAGAGGAGGAACAGACCUCGAAAGCCAAAAUAGGUUCAAGAUAAGUUGUAUGUGUUCGUUGAUAAUUUUUAAUUUACUGCAGUUGCUGAAAGAAAUAACGAUGUAACUAUUGGUCUUCUGAUUUUUUAAUGUUUCGACCAUGUUUUAAGCAACCUCAUUUUUUUGAUCACACACUCAUUCAUUCUGCUGAAUGUCCCUUGUGAUUCUGACCCAUGUUGGGUUAACUGACACUUUCAAGUUUGUACCACCAGGUGCAACUUGAGAAGCUUUAAUGAUAUCCUGUCCGAAUUUUGCACAUCGACUUCCAAAAACACACUUUUUCAUGAGCUACAUUUCAGAGGUGAGAGUAAGGUGCACAGAAUUUGUACAAAGAAAACGUAUAAAGACUUCACUUGUACGAAGAGAUAGUACAUUGUGUAAUAUAUAAUACCUUUGUAAUGAGCUAUAUAAUACUAAGAGGUCGAAAUGCACUGUGACUGUAUAAAGAGAUUUCACUUGUAUGCUGUAUAGGACUGCAUAAUGUAAUUUACUGUGAUUAUGAGUUUUAUGUCGAUAGCGUCAGUUGGAUACCAAAAAUAAAUCUUCAAUCUCAAGUCAAGAUAAUGUAGUCGAAAAUAACGAUUGAGCGUUCAUAAUUACGUUUUCGUUUUUAUCGCAGUGCAAUAUCACUAUUCUUCAUCUAUAACUGUAUGGAAAUUUCCCUUUUUCUGUUCAAGCCAAUAUUUAACAAUACAAAUAUUUCUGGAAAGUUUUGUAUUGUAGAGAGAGAACUUGUAGACUUCAUUCUUUGAGAAAGCUGAACAAGAAUUGACAAGGUUAUUUUUACAUAUACGUAGUUAUCUAUAUAUAUUGGAAUACGUUUUGCCAUUUAAAAGUCAUCCCGAUUUGUUUUUAUGACUGAUAACUAUUGGCUUUUCUUUGGCCCAGUGAACUUGAACUUCUACGCAUCUCUUACCACCUAUGGACCAAACACUAAUGUAAAAAAUGAUUCUUUAUCACAGGAUGAUUUUGUUGCAUGUGUAAAUUUCCAUCAUGAAUGCUGUUUUAAUUUAGCAUAAUUUUAUUUAAUCACUGUAGCAGUCUGGCUUGUCUUCUGCAUGAAUUGUUGCUAAAAACUUGUAGAACUUAGUCGAAUACUUACUCGGUUUAUCACUUUAUCCAGACAGACCACGUGAUUCCCAACUAUUGCAUUUGAAUGACAUUUUUUUCGAUGAAAUUUUGUUUCGAGUCUUUAAUUAUUAUAAUCUUUAUUACUAAUAUAUGCAUUUUAUAGUCUAUUACUUAUACUCUCGGAGUGAAAGAAAGAUUGAAUGCAUAUAUUUUACUCCCACCUCUGGCUAACACUAUCGCUUUCUAAGUCGAUGAUUAGUUAUCUUAUAUAUAUAUGUGCGUGUGUCUGUGUCUGUAUGAAUGUCCGACUCCACUUACAAAGACGCUGGUGCUGUUGCACAACCCACAGGGUAUACUGAGAAGAUUAUUCUUUUUUAAAGCUAUGAUUAUUGGAAAGCAAAGCCAUGGACUUUUCCACAGAUCAUUUUUGAAUUUGUAAAAAGAAUAGUGCACAAUCAGGUCUGCAAAUUUAUAUUUGAUUGAUGAGAGCCAUGUAUGUUAAUAAACUGUAUAUUAAAUUUU